CGCGCGUUGCGUGCGCGUACAGGUGCAUGGCAUGCACGCGGAUGCUUCAAAUUGUUUGAUUGUGCGCGACCUUUGGAGACGGCGACGACGUCGGCGAGUGCAUCCAGCGAUGUAGCGCUCGUAGCUGCGUGUCCGGUGCAGAUGGAGCCUGACAGUCCUCGCAGACACCGCGCACGGCAGCUGCUGGUCACCCUCGGUGUCGUAACGGUGCUUGUCAUCCUUUACGCCAGUCCGCGCGAGCUGCGCACUGUUAUUAGAAACGGUGUUUUCCGAAAUCAAACGCACCCGAGCGGGAUGACAUCGCUCCGUAACAACAGCAGUGACAACCACCAGAACAACGACGCAAGUGCCUGGAAGUUUCCGAUCAGAGUGCUGGGACGCUUUCGACACGAUUCGAGUUCCACCGUCGACCGCUCCAGCGAAGUUGUUCACGUGCUGCUAAUUUUCGCGAACGUCAACGAAGCCAGAAACAUGCGCGAGAAGUUGGCGAUCUGCCUCGGAUCUCUGUUGGCGUUGAGCAGCGUCCCGCUUCGGCUCUACAUCGUGACGGACAUCGCCAGCGCCGAUGUGGCCCGGCAAGUUCUAGCGGACGCCUCGGCCAAGGCCUCUUCGGAUGUGCUGGCAGAGCUGCUGCAUAUGGAUGACAUGCUGGCUCCCCUCGAAGACCUGGUGUCCUUUUUGCAGCCUCACUUCAGUUCACACGGGUACUACGGCAAGAAGCUCUUCUUCCUGUCGACAGGUCUGCAUCGGCUGUUUCCCAAGGGAGUCCGCCGCCUCAUCCUUCUGGAUGUCGAUCUCCAUCUGCGCUCGGAUAUUGCCCUCUUGCACAAACACUUUGCCCAGUUUCCUCCGGGUGCGAUAAUGGGGCUUGCACACGAACUUCAGCCCGUCUAUCGGCAUUGCUUGCACAAGUACCGGCAGCAGCAUCCAGGCACCACAUGUGGCGAACCUGCGCCACGCGGAAAUCCUGGGUUCAACAGUGGAGUUUUGCUGAUCGAUCUCAAAGCUGUUCAGAGCUCCUCCACCUACAAGAAGUUCCUCACAGCUGAUGGGGUGCAGUGGCUGGUAAAAAAAUACAGCUUUGGAGGCAAUCUUGGAGACCAGGACUUCUACUCCCUCCUAAGCUGGGAAUUCCCUGAGCUAUUUUAUGUACUACCAUGCACAUGGAAUCGGCAGCUGUGUGAGUGGUGGCGGCAUCACGGAUAUGCGGAUGUCUUUGACGAGUAUCACAGGUGCAACGGUACCGUUCACAUUUAUCACGGCAACUGCAAUGCUUCCAUACCGUCAGUAAGGUGACCCACUAUGAAGGCGGGGUUGUUUCGGGUGUCACGCUCAGCAUGAAAAUCCUGGUACAGUUCCCGAAUGCAAGCACUAUUUAAAUGUGGAGUGGCAAUGGAAAAAGAUUUUCACAAGUCACUGGACGCCCAGGCAGUAAAGUUGCGAGAUGCGGUGCUGUUGUUUCCAAGCUCACCGAUAGUGAGAGCUCCAAGCACAUUCCAUUUUCUGAA